AUGAAUGUUCCUAAGCAGCAGUCGUUGUUCUUCAUCACUGUUCCGGAUUUACACAAACUAUGUGCCACCAGGAUAACACUGAAGAAUGGCAUAGGAGAGCCUGAGAUUUGGAGUAAAGUGCUAAAGCUGUGCAGGCAAUUGCUGUUUCUGUACCAAGAUAUUCUGAUAGCGCCUGUGCCUGGAAUAUUGAGUGAAAUUUGGAUAGUGAUGGCGGUUUCAUUUUAUAAAUCUGGAAAACUUGAUGCCUAUUUUGAAAAAUACGAAGCUAAGAUGGAGACUACACAGAAAGUACUUCCCGUGGUACUUCAGAAUUGCCUUUCAUUUACUCUCACGGCGAAGCUUGCUCCAUCCUGGAAUAGAACUGGCCAUCUCUUGGUGCAAGGCAAAGAAUUUCUUUCUCAGAUGGGCAAGCUAAAUGCUAUUGCAUUAGACAUCAAUGUUACAGAAAGUCAGAUUUGUCUAAGUGUAGAAGCUUACAUGAUCAGACUACCACCACCUCAGAUAGAAGACUUCGCUGUUCCUCAGAAUGUUAUAACGGAGUUUUAUAAAGAUAAGAAUGCCGUCAUCGAAGGACAUUCGAUUUUAAACAACUGGUGCUACGUUUUACCAAGUAUGAAAAUGGGACAGAUAAGAAGUGUUCUGCACAUGGCACCCCCCAACUGUCCUUUCCAUUCCUUUGAAGAUUUCCAGAAGCACUGGAACCACCUGUAUGGCUAUAAACUCCCAGAAGAGCGUGGAGAUAUAAAUACUCAAGUUUACUGCAGCGUGCACUUCAAAAUGAUGGGAGGAAGAACCUUUACGUACCCUCUCAGCUGCAUCAGGAGUCAGCCCGUGCAGUUCUUCCCAAGAGUAGACAUGGAAGACGUGUUGAAAAGCUUUUUUUCAGAUCUAAAGUCUAAUCUGCCUCACAUAUGUGGAUUUCCCAUAAACAUCACAUCUCAGCCUUGCUACUACACGAUGGAACUGACUAACCCUCAGAUACAGGAAAACAAAGUCAAGCCACCUAAUUUGACCACUAAAAGAAUGCUCGGGCCUUCUGUGACUCAGGUCGCACCCACCUUGGCUCCAGUGCAGUGCUUGGUGCAGUGCUCGAUAGCAAAGGGCCACAAGGUGGAGCUUUUGGCCAACCAGCCCCAGGAGUCCGCAGCUCCGCCUGCUCAGGUUCCCCGAGCUCAGGGAGAAGGGCUGGCGCCCAGCAGAGGGAACCCCACAGGGUCAGGGAGCGCACAGCCCAGCUCCCGAAGUAAUACUGCCCCGAAAUUUACGCCAGUUUUCAAAAAUCAGUUGUUGCAGGUCAGCGCUAGUUUUCUAGAACCUGACGACCAGAAGAGAAAGCAGCAGCAUGUUACAGAGUCUAGCGUGGCAACAGUGAAAGCCAGCACUGUCCCGGGUGACAAGCUGAGUACACAUCCCACCAUGAAAAAAAUAGCCACUUACACAAUAGAGAUGAGUACUAGAAGUGUCAAUCACAGAGUUUCCGUGCCUCAGCAGGAGAAGAACCACCCCGGUGGAAAGCGAGGUCAGCACCUCCCUUCUAACGGAAAGCUCUCGGCUCUGGGUGCCGCUGAAAGUCACCAGCCACCUCACGGCACAGUGCCAAGCCACAGCGUAGACGGAAAGAAAAGUGCUGCUAAUUUCCAAGGGAACGAGAAGAGAAAUUUCACUAGCAAGUACAUCACACAGGUUUUAGGGGAAGACCACAUGUCACUGAAAGUGAAAAGACGCCCUCACAUUGUUGAGUCAGACACAGAACCCGAAGAUCCCCAGGCACUGCCGCAGCAGCCGGUCACGGCUCAUCGACGGCAGCGGGAUCCUCUGCCCACAGAGCGAAGCCCCAUGCUCGAGACCUUCUGGCAGCCAGACUUCGGCAGACACUCGGAGAACAGCUUCCAGACGAGUGUCCAGAAGAGCCCUGCUCUGGCGGCCGUCCGGAGGCUCAUCAGGGCAGCACAACUGGGCAAACCCUGA